CAAUACACAUUGUUUACGUGUAUUUUCUGAAUAAUAAUCUGAUUUAUUAUUUUAUUUCUACAUGAUAUGGAAGACGAGGAUGAUUAUUGGAAUACCAGUGAAACUAAGGCUAAAGCUUUUAGCUUUGACGAUGAUGUCCUCUCACCUCAAGAAAUCUUGGCUAUUGGCCAGAACAAGUCACCGGGGCAAGCGGAAGACAGCCUGUUCUCGGGCGCAAGCAUCAGUAAUGUGAAGACGGCUACCCUCCCGCUGUCCAACUUGGUGUCUAAUAAAGUACUGGAGUUGAUCCUCCUUGCCCAAUCCGGAAAGGAUCCCAAAGCGGCCCAGCCGCAGGAGCAAACCGUGUCGACAACCAUCAGGAGGCUGGUUCUAGGUCGGCCCUGCUCGCUGCACAGCCACAGGAGUCUGCGGAGCAAGACGGAGCUGCUAGACGCUGCCGGGGCCGUGGGAGACGGCAAUGCCAUUUUAACUAUAGUAUUAUUCCUGAUUCAAACCUUGAACAAGAAACUAGUAUAUGAGCUGCUGUCCUCACGGCCUCUCGCCCUUAACCACUAUAUCAGCUUCCUUCAGAACGAGGGCAAAAUAUCGGAACUGACGGACCUGCUUACAAUGCUGGGCAGAUCUCCAGAUGCAGCCAUGCACCAAUUUCAACAACAUAUGCGAACGGGCGGGUCCGUGGAUGGUUUACUCCGGAGGGUAACCAACCUGGUUGCCAACCACUUCAACCAACCAGGGACAGACGCGCACCAAGCGAAGAUGUUAGCAGACUUCGUCAAACUACUAGAAUGGCAGAAAUUCGCGCAGAGACCAGUUCUCGAUAACAAGUCAGCAUUAUCCUGUCUGGCAUACUGUUGUGCCAAUCACUGGCACGAAGGAGCCGGCAAUAUGAUGUCACCUCUCACUCUGUGCCAGAGACAGCAGAUAAGUCCACUCCAGUACGACUGGGUUGUAUUGAAUGUGCACGCUAAGUCCGGAAAGUGGGAUAUCGUCGAGUCCUUGUUUACGAAAAAGGACUGGCUCGGCCGAACUACUGUUUCCUCCCACAUACCAAUAGAAACCCUUCUAUCGAGACUGAGCGAGAUGCAAGCGAGUAAACAGUUGCUUGCCACUUGCGUCAAUAAGGUUGCCGCGUCACAGGACAGGUUGCGACUGGCACAGGCAUUUAAGAUACAUUCCGUGGUAAUAGAGACGUAUGCGAAGCAGAAAGACAGACUGGCGCUCCAGAACUAUAAGAUGACAUUAAAUCCUCAAUCAGAAGAAUUUAUACUAGUCGAGAAUACGCUUAGAGACAACUCCAUCAAAUGGAAAAACUGAACUCGGCAGAAAACUCACGGAACAAGAUACAGGAUACGGUAAAUCUCAACAAACACUACGGCUCUCUUAUGUAAGGUGUGUUCGGGUAAUUCCGAAUGUCGAAAACCGUUGGAUAAUUCUAAAGGUUUCUUAUUAUGACGAAAUUUUGGAUAAUUUUCAUCAGGGUUUCGGAAUAAUGCGAUAUACGUAAGUACCCGAAUACACCCUAAGUCAAUAUUAUAGAUGUUAUACUUUGAAAAGCUAUUGAAUUGUAUUUUAAUAUUUUAAGUGUACUCAAAAUAUUUAUAUACCUAAGUAGGGUAAUGGGGUUGGCCGGUGGAAGUUUUUAGCAGAUGGCGCCAUCAUAGCUUGCCCUGUCAAUCCCUAGAAUUGUGUCAAAUUUUUGUUUUUUUAAUACCCUGGAUGCCAGCCCUUUAAGCCAAAUCUCAUAGAAAAAGGGGCAAGCUAUGAUGGCGCCAUCUAUG